GGGAAAAAAUAGUGAGAUCUAUAGGUGUUGUGUUAUUAUUGUGUACUUUUUUGAAGGUAAUUGUGCAUUGUUUUGUUUUUUCAAGGCUCAACAAUCGUGGCCAGAUUAAGGGUCAUAUUAACAGCUCAUUAUUGGUAUAAAGUGAACUUUGUGGUAAACAGGUCAAACUGGUAAAGCCAGCAUCCAGUCAGCAGGCUCUAUGUUAAUAAGGGAAUUAAGGAGGAGCCUCAGGCUGCAGCUCGCUCUGAUGUUUGCUGUGUAGUUCAUGGACACCUGUCUGGAAGGAGUGAGUAACACCUGUUAAAAACCUUUAUUUUGUGUGCAUCUGUGAGGAUCUGUUGAUUUUUGGCGAGGAGCAGAAUGCUGAGACGAAGCUGUGCUCAUGGGAGGAUGUCUCUCGGCCUGGGCUGGAAACCCUCCUCCCUCCUCUGCUGGCUGAGCACAGCAGCACUGGUGAGCUCAGGUAUGGAAGGAGCUAUCGCGAUGAAAGUGACUUCUACGGGUUUGCAGACGAUACACAAAGCUGCCGGAGACAGCGUGAUCCUAAACUGCAGCUACACUCCGGGUCCACUUGACACCGGAGAGCUCGACAUUGAAUGGUCUGUGGUGAGUCCGGACAGCACGCAGAAAGAUCAAAUGCUCUUGUCGUAUGCGAGCAGCACACAGUACCAGCACGACGACCGGUCCACCGUUGGGGGGCUCAGCUUCGCCUCAGGUGACCCCUCCAAUGGUGAUGCCUCUCUGUUGAUCGAGCAGCUGUCACCUGCUCACACAUCCACCUACCAGUGCAAAGUGAAGAAGUCACCGGGGGUGGACAUGCAGAAGACGUCCCUGGUGGUGAUGGUGAAGCCAUCUGUGCCAAAGUGUUGGUUACGAGGCGAGGAGCUCAUCGGAGAAGACGUGUCGCUGCACUGCCAGUCUGCCAAAGGCUCCACUCCCUUAAAAUACACAUGGAGGAGAGAAAGCGUGGGUCCCAUCCCCGCUGCUGCCAUGCAGAACAGCGUUACCGGGGAGCUGAGGUUCAGCAACCUCUCCCAGAGCUUCGCCGGCAUCUAUCUUUGUGAGGUGAACAAUGCUGUUGGAGCUCAGCGCUGCAGGAUCAACCUGAAAGCCAGCAAGCCUCCAAACCGAGCUGGGGUCAUCGUCGGCACCUUUGUUGGCUCUCUGCUCCUCAUCUUCAUCCUGCUCGUCUUCAUUGUGCUCCUUUACUGGAAACUGAGAAACGGACGCUACAACGAGAAAGAGUUCUCCAACGAGAUCAGGGAGGACGCGCUGCCUCCCGACAGGCGCUCGGUGAGUCUGCGCUCAGGCCGGACCUCCCGCGGACCCCCGUCGGUGCCUUACUCUGAGGUGUACGCUGAAGACGCGAUCCCCUUUGAUGAGGGGAGCGCAUGCUUUCCCUCUAGCAGCAGCCAUGGACACACGCCGGUCAAACACACUGCACUGGAAUAUAACAGCAAGUAUGGAUACGCAGUGUGAUCAGUAACACACCUGAACCGAGAAGGCUUUGCCUUUUAGUGUCACAAUGAAAUGAUGUUUCAGGAUGUUUAAAAAGGACUGAUUAAAACUGAGAAAAAAAAAAAAUCAACAGAACGAUAUUUGAGAAAAACGAAUACUUCAACAGUUUUGCCAGUGUGAUCCACAUAUAUAUGUUUUUUUCUCGACUGUGUAAUUGUUACAAUUUUUAAUAGGUGCUGUGGUAUUAAAGUUAAGUUACACUAUA